GAAGUGCAUGGUCCACUUCCGGAUAAAGAAAGCUUGAACUCUGAACCCGGUUGCGAUUGUUCUUUCCUUUCCUGUUUCGGCUUUAGAAGAGACACAUUGAGCUAUGGCACCUCGUAAGGGUAAGGAAAAGAAGGAAGAGCAGGUCAUUGCCCUGGGACCCCAGGUUGCCGAAGGCGAGAAUGUUUUUGGAGUCUGCCACAUCUUUGCAUCCUUCAAUGAUACCUUCGUUCAUGUCACUGAUCUUUCGGGCAAGGAAACUAUCUGCCGUGUGACUGGUGGUAUGAAGGUGAAGGCCGACAGAGACGAGUCCUCCCCCUACGCCGCCAUGUUGGCCGCCCAGGACGUCGCCCAGAGGUGCAAGGAGCUGGGAAUCACUGCCCUGCACAUCAAGUUGAGGGCUACUGGCGGCAACAGAACCAAGACCCCUGGACCAGGAGCACAGUCUGCUCUCCGUGCCCUGGCUCGUUCUGGCAUGAAAAUUGGACGCAUCGAGGAUGUCACCCCUAUUCCAUCAGACAGCACCCGCAGAAAGGGAGGUCGUCGUGGGCGUCGUCUGUAAUGUGCUUAUUUUGAGUUUUUCACUCAAUAAAAGGUUAAUUCCAA